AUGUUGGCGCAGAGGGUGAUUCACCAAUCGCUGCGGCGAGUGACCGCCUCGCAACAAGCCUUCAAGUUCGCCUCGCCCGCCGCAAUCGCCACCGGUCUCGCCUUCAGGACGCAGCGGAGAACAGCAACAGCAACCACCAUCUCCGAAAGCAGCGAGCACACCAAAAUCCUCGCGCAACAACGCCUCAACCGCCCCGUCUCCCCCCACCUCGGCAUCUACCAAUGGCAAGUAACGUGGAUCCCGUCUAUCAUGAACCGCAUCACCGGCUGCACCCUCAGCGGCGCCUUCUACCUCUUCGGCACCGCGUACCUCAUCGCCCCCUACGCCGGCUGGCACCUCGAGAGCGCGUCUAUGGCGGCCGCCUUUGCCGCUUGGCCCUUUGCCCUGCAGUUCGCCACGAAGCUGUUUUUUGCGCUGCCGUUUACGUUUCAUUCGCUGAAUGGGUUGAGGCAUUUGGCGUGGGAUACGGCGAGCAUGAUGACGAAUCCCAAGGUGAAUUCCACGGGAUGGGUUGUCAUUGGGGCUAGUGUGGUCAGUGCGAUUGGGCUGGCGUUGCUGUGA